AAAAACUUUUUCUUCUAUUUCUAGUUAUUUCCAUCUUCACUUGGCUUCAUUGUUCUUGUGUAGAUUUUGUCCCAAAACAAUGAAAUUUGAGCCCAUUUUUAACUCACUUGUUUGAGAGUGUUCAACUAUGAUCACUUUUACGGUUGUAAGUUUUAAUUAUUCUGCUCCUUGAUGUCAUAGGAUUUCAAUUAACUUGGGUGAAGUAGAAUAUUUAGAGAAUGGUGUAUAAAAGGCUUUAAAAGACAAGAUGUCAUCAUUAUUUCUUUAUUUUUUUCUCAUCCAUUAAAAGCAUUGUUGACUGAGUACUAAAAGAAAUUUUUAUGGAUUUGUCUUGUUGGAUUUAAUGAUUCCUCAUCUUGGGCUAUGUGGUAAGUGAUCCUCUAGUUUAACUUUUUCUUUAAAAAAAGUAUUUUAUUUUAGUAUUAACUGAAAAAUGAGAUUUUGAGAAAUGUUGAGGUAUACAUUUGAAGUAUAUGAAUGCUGUGUUCUAACCUGUAAUUGAGCUUAGGUUCAAGUUGUUAAUAUGUAAAAUAGUAUAAAUGAUCUUUAGGGAUGGGAUUUACGUUAUUGAAAAUAUGAAUUUGAUGAAGUGCGCCGAAAACCAAAUUCCAGAUUUGUUUGAGGUUUGGAUUUGUCAGCGUUUGUUUUCAAACUUCAAUUUGAUUGUGAUCUGGACCUUCCCAAUUGUGAUCAAGCAUUGGCUAUGACUUUCAACACCUUAGUAAGUCACAAGUUGUAAAAUUAAGAAGGAAAAUUUGAAAUUAUCUUUGAGCAGGUUGUUUGUGUCAUAUCUAUGAUCCCUUCUUUUCCGUUACUGUACUCCUUGUUUGAUUUGUUUUCCAGGAUGUUGACUGGCCAUGCUAUUAGCUUGCAUGAAGAUAGUGAAACAAAUGAGGUCUUACUUGAAGAUCCUGUAGCUGAGACUCAACAUGAAGAAGACGAGGUUUCUGGAAACGUGUUGCACAUAGCCUCAUUUGAGGAGCUUUCAAAGAACCAUGUGCAAUGUGACACGGUUAUAUGGGUUUUAAUAUCAUUGCUGCUGGUUUUAGCUUGGGGGUUUGGUGUAAUUAUGCUCUUGUAUCUUCCUGUCAGAAGAUUUGUGUUGCAGAAAGACAUCUCUUCUCGCAGACUGUAUGUUACAAGCAAUAAAAUAGUGUACAAGUCCACAAGGCCAUCCUUCUUACCUUUUCUCGGUUUUACCACAAUCGAGAAACACAUACCUCUUCAUUUAGUUGUUGACACCAUCUUGGAACAAGGUUGCUUGCAAUCUAUGUAUGGACUUCAUACAUUCAGGAUUGAAAGUAUAGCCCAUGGGAAAGCGGCACCAGUAGACGAACUGCAGUUUCAAGGUGUCUCUAACCCUGGACUUCUAAGGAAGAUCAUCACACGAGAGGCUGCUAAGAGUAUUAGAGAGUUAUGGAGUUGCCAACAGCCCAAAAUGCACCUUGGGGAAGGAGACUCCAGGGAAUCACAUACAAGAUCCCUUUCUGAGGUUUUGGCAUUAAGCCGAUUGCAUUCUCCUAGUAGAAAGAUACAGUUCAUAGGUUCUCCGAGGAAUGUUCAACCUGAAGCAGGAGUUGUUGUACCUGAUGAAUUACUAUUGCAUAAGCUUGAUGAGGUUGAGCAGUCAGUGAAGAAAAUUGAAUCACUGGUUGGGCAAUUAGAGACCCAGGCUGAUGGCUAACUUGGAUGGGGAGUGAAAGGAAAGAUGGUGCUGGUUAGAAUUCCUAUCUUGAUGUUUGUUUAAGUGACUAGAAUGAAUAUGUAUACCUUGUGUAAAUACUCAAGAAAGAAAACAAUAUUUUUCAUA